UGAUACCAUCCUCUUCUUUCACCAGUUCGCUUUUACUUCGUCAUAUCCCGGAAACCUUUACCUAUUCUUUACGUGCAUCGCUGGCAGCCGCUGGUACAAUACAGCAGGAUCCUAACGGCUUGCACUGUUGUCAAUUGCUCGGAACACCUACCUGCUCGUUCAUCGCCGGUCUCGUGCCGCACUUCGGCAACGACACAAGAAACAAGAACGUCAUCGACAUUGCUUAGUCAUUGUCUUUUGUAUCGACUCGGAAGUCACCUACAGCAAUUGCGCCUGAUUCACUCCACUAUAUUGUUGUCGACGCUUAAAGGACCAGAUUAUCGCAAUGGCUACAUCGCCGUCUAGUGCGCACCAUGAGAAUGCGCAAGGGGAUUUGAUGCAAGCCCUGUCAGCAUUGUAUGUCGGCGGCAAAUACUCCGACGUGACUAUCACAUGCAACUACCGCCAAUGGGCUUGUCAUAAAGCCAUCAUCUGCUCCCGGAGCGGUUUCUUCGAUGGUGUCUGCUCCAACGCAUUUUCUGAGUCUACCACUGGAGUCGUCGAUCUGAGCGAAGAUGACGAACAGGCUGUCGAGCAGAUGAUGUACUUCUUCUAUCACCUGGAUUACAUGCACGAGCAACCACUGCAAAGGCCAUCAGCAAUGUUUCGUCACCGGGCAUACUCCGACCCUCGGCGGCAACCGCUGAAGAAGAUCGACUUUUCGCAGAUCGAAGAUCCUCUUCUCGCUCAGACCGGGCACUACUCAGCCCCGUUAUCCGUCGUUACCACACCGACACCAAAAAGCCCAUCGAUGGGCUCGAAACGCCGAUCGGGCGAGUACAGUGACGUUUACAUGUCCCCACCAGACAGUCCCGUAUCGCCUCAGCUGCCUGAGCUUGAGGCGUGUAGCUCAUCAGACUCGGAGACCGACGAGGAAGAUUCGACAGAGGCCGAAUCCCAUCUGAUCCUCCAUACCCAGGUAUAUGCACUGGCCGAAAAGUACGACAUUCCCGCACUGAAGGAGCUCGCAAAGCGGAAGUUCGAAAUGGCAAUGGCAUGCUAUUAUGACGCGCCAGAAUUCGCAGCCGCCAUCGAGGCUGUCUAUUGUUCGACCAUCGACACGGAUCGCGGGCUUCGAGACGUGGUACUCCAAGCAUUUCGCAGUCAUCCACAGCUGGUGCACACCCAGGAUGUUUAUGCUGUCAUCAAGGAAACACCAAGCCUCGCACUCGAUUUGUUCAAGGUCGAGCGCGGCAUUCCGCCAUAAAGGAACUCUGAAUUGGCAGUCGUGCCCAACGUAUAAAUUACCUUCGUCAAGACGACAGGAAAAGCCCCUUGCACAGCUGUCUGAAUGCCGCCGGCUGAUGCGAUCUGCAUCGGAUUUGCUUGCACACGAUCAAAUUGCAAUGACCCACCCCCGUCAUGCGAAGCUCAGACU